UAUAAAAGCAGCCUUCCCCCCACCAAUUUUCCUCCCCCUCUCUUCUCUUCCUUCUUGCAUAAAAUUGCAAUCACAAUUCUUUUCCCCUCUCUCUCUUAAAUUCUCUCUCAUCUCUUCAUCUGAACUUAAAAAAGUCACAAUGGCAUACGAGGAUCGCUACGUACAAGCCCCAAAAUAUGAUUGCCUUUUGUUUGAUUUAGACGAUACUUUGUAUCCUCUUAGCUCGGGGUUGUCAAAAGGAGUAUUGAAGAACAUUCAAGACUAUAUGGUCGAAAAGCUAGGCAUAGACAGGAGUAAGAUAGAUGAUUUGUCUAACCUUUUAUACAAGAACUACGGCACGACAAUGGCUGGUCUAAGGGCAAUUGGCUACGAUUUUGACUACGAUGAAUAUCAUAGUUUUGUUCAUGGAAAAUUGCCUUACGAGAAUCUUAAACCGGACCCUGUUCUACGAAACCUUUUAUUGAGCACUCCUAUUCGUAAAGUUAUUUUUACAAAUGCGGAUGAGACCCACGCUAUUAAGGCGCUAAGCAAGCUCGGGUUGGAGGAUUGCUUCGAGGGUAUAAUCUGUUUUGAGACCCUUAACCCGAUCCAUAAAAAUUUUGCAUCGGAUGAUGAAGACGAUAUUGAGUUUGUGGGUACAAAGCCAAAGACCCUUCCAAAUGACAACAAUGCUAACAACGAUACUCAAAUAUUCGAUAUAAUUAGUCAUUUCGCCAACCAAAAUGAUGCAACCACAUUGCCAAAGACACCCGUCAUUUGUAAACCUUCAGAAUAUGCAAUUGAAAAGGCACUUAAGAUUGCCAAUUUGAACCCUUCAAAAACAAUAUUCUUUGAUGAUAGUGUCAGAAAUAUAGUGGCUGGAAAACGUGUGGGUCUUGACACUGUACUGGUGGGUACUUGUCAUCGACCAAAAGGAGCAGAUUAUGCACUGGAGAGCAUCCACAAUCUAAGAGAAGCAUUGCCAGAGCUUUGGGAAUUAGCUGAUAUCAGGACUGAAAUUUACUCCGACAAAAUAUCAAUUGAGACUUCUGUCAUUGCUUAAUUAAACAAAUCUUCUAAUAACCUCGCCGUUCAAAAUCAAUAGUCACAUUAAUACAGUCAAUUACCGGACUAGUAAUGUGACAAUCAUAUCAAAACGGACGUGCAGUGGCCAUAAACUAUGUUCCUAUUCGAUCCGAGAUAAUAGAGGAGUUUCAAGAUAGAAGUAUUAAAAUAAGAAGAAAGACCGGGAUCAAGGGUAAUAUAGUUUGUAUCAUAAAAAUCUCUCAAAUUUUCUGAAAUUAAAAUGAUGAGUGAUGAUGUACAUGCAGUUUUUUCCACCUCUAUUUUCCAAUUAUUUUGGGAUGAUGUCAUUUAUUUUAGCAUUUAGCAAGAUAGAACUCAUAGAAGUUCCCACACUUAUGUAGUUAUGUUUCUUUCAAUAAUUCCUUGGCAUUUUGUUCCUGUA